AUGAAAAACAAUAAAAACUUAUAUACUGGGAUAUUUGUUGUGUUAGUAGGUAUUGUUAUUGUAAUAAUGGUGUUAUUAAAUGAAUUUUUUAUAGUUACACCUGAAGAGAGAAUUAAGUCUGAGAAUGAAAGUAUUAAAAAUAGGAAAGUUUUAUAUGAAAUUAUUGAAUUUUACUUAUCAAAGAAUAAUGAUAUUAAGUAUAUUAGUAGUUGUGAAUUUAAAAGUAAGUUAGUUGAGUUAGUUAAUUUAUUUAAUGAAUGUGUGAAUUAUGAUUUUAAAAGAUUGUUAAAAGAUAAGAUUAAAUUAAUUAACAAUAUUAUUGGUUUAAUUAAUAGAAAUAACUUAGUUGAAUUAGAUAAACCACUUAUUGAAGAAAUUAAUUUAUUUAAUGAAGUUUUAUUAAAUUUAAAAGAUGGUAAUUUGAAUUCUGAUGAUUAUAAUGAAUUUAAAUCAUACUUUAUUUCUAAUCCUGAAUUCUUUGAUAACCUUUUAAGUUAUUCUAAGAGAUUUAUUAAUUAA